UCCAUGCAGACUGGCUGCUCUGGCUGCUCCAUGCAGACUGGCAGCUCCAUGCAGACUGGCAGCUCUGGCUGCUCCAUGCAGACUGGCAGCUCCAUGCAGACUGGCAGCUCUGGCAGCUCCAUGCAGACUGGCAGCUCUGGCUGCUCCAUGCAGACUGGCAGCUCUGGCUGCUCCCUGCAGACUGACAGCUUUGGCUGCGCUGAACAGGCAGGAGACUCCGGCAGCGCUGGAGAGGAGGAAGGCUCUGGCAGCGCUAAACAGGCGGGAGACUCCGACAGCGCUGGAGAGGAGAAAGGCUCUGGCAGCGCUGAACAGGCGAGGCGCACUGAAGGCCUGGUGCGUGGUGUUGGCACUGGUGGUACUGGGCUGAGGACACGCACAGGAAGCCUGGUGCGGGGAGCUGCCACCGGAGGACUGGUGUGUGAAGGUGGCACAGGAUGGACCAGACCGUGAAGGUGUACUGAAGAGCCUGAGAGCAGGGAUGGCACAGGACGUGCAAGGCUAGGUAGGUACACAGGAGGCCUAGUGCGUGAGGCUGGCACAAUCUUCACCAGCCGACUAACACGCACCUCAGGACGAGUAUGGAGCGCUGACCCAGGUGCCAUCAAAUUCCCGACACGCUCAGUCGGCGAAUAUCGUACUUAAAGCACCAAACGAGCAACUCCCUCAUAACUCUUUCCUCCACUUUCCCCAUUAACUCCUUCACAGUCUCUGCUUCACUCACCUCCAACACCGGCUCUGGUUCUGGUCUCCUCCUUGGCUCCUCACGAUAAACAGGGGGAGUUGGCUCAGGUCUGAACCCUGACUCUGCCACACUCUACCUGAGCCCCCCCCAAUACAUUUUUGGGGCUGACUCUCGGGCUUCCUUCUGCGCCGCCGUGCUUCUCUUCGACUCCAUUCUCCUAUAGCCCUCUUCGCACUGCUCCAGCGAAUCCCAGGCGGGCUCCGGCACUCUCUCUGGGUCGACCGCCCACCUGUCUAUUUCCUCCCAAGUCGUAUACUCUAAACUUCGUAGCUCCUGCUGCCGCUGCCUGUCACCACGCUGCUUGGUCCUGGUGUGGUGGGUGAUUCUGUUACGGUUUUCUUCCGUCGAAGGAGAGUCGGACCAAAAUGCAGCGUGGUUAAUUCGAUACAUAUUUAAUGAAGACGAACACGAACAAUACAAAACAACAAACGGAAAGAGAAAACCUAUACAGCCUAUCUGGUGAACAACAAACACAGAGACAGGAACAAUCACCCACGAAACACUCAAAGAAUAUGGCUGCCUCAAUAUGGUUCCCAAUCAGAGACAACGAGAAUCACCUGCCUCUGAUUGAGAACCGCCUCAGGCAACCAUAGACUAUGCUAGAAAACCCCACUAAGCCACAAUCCCAAAACACAAC